AUGGAGGUUGCAAUGGUAAGCGCAGAAAGCUCUGGGUGCAACAACCACAUGCCGUAUGGGUACGCCGCCCAGGCAAGAGCCAGAGAAAGAGAACGACUGGCACAGUCCAGGGCGGCAGCAGCAGCUGCUGUGGCAGCCGCGACAGCAGCUGUAGAAACAGGGACUUCUGGAGGAGGAGGACCUUAUCAUCACUAUCACCAAGAACAGGGUCGUGGGGCUUCUUCCGCUUCCAGUGGCAACAAUGCAACACACAGUGAACAUCACCAGAGCAGCAGCAGAAGAAAGCAAAGGUGGAAAAAGAGUCAUUAUCUUGGCAGCAGAGAGUUUGGUGCCUCCUUCCCUUGCUCUGAGUUGCUGCCCCUCAGUGGUUCCGAGGAGAAGAUCCUGAAGGACUUGAGUGAGGAGGAUGAGGAAGAAGAUGAAGAUGGAGAGGAUGAAGAAGAUGAGGAAGAAGGAAAAGUCUGCAACAGUGAUGAAGGUGGUGAAGAUGACUUUUCCUAUUCAGACCAGCCUCCUGACGAUGGGGCUGGGCCUGGGGUCUACGCAUCAGUUCGCUACAGUGAGUAUGAGUGCUGUGAAAGAGUUGUAAUCAAUGUCUCAGGCCUACGAUUUGAAACCCAGCUGAAGACCUUGGCUCAGUUCCCUGAGACAUUGCUGGGUGAUCCAGCAAAGCGGGGCAGGUUUUUUGACCCACUCCGGAAUGAGUAUUUCUUUGAUAGGAACCGGCCCAGCUUUGAUGCAAUUCUUUACUAUUACCAGUCUGGUGGGAGGCUGAAAAGGCCUGUAAACGUGCCCUUUGAUAUCUUCUGUGAGGAAGUGAAAUUCUAUGAACUUGGAGAGGAGGCCAUGCUCAAGUUCAGGGAAGAUGAAGGUUUUGUAAAGGAAGAAGAUGACAAAGUGUUGCCUGAAAAUGAAUUUAAGAAGCAGAUAUGGCUGCUUUUUGAGUACCCCGAGAGCUCCAGCCCGGCCCGAGUCAUUGCCAUUGUCUCGGUUUUGGUCAUUUUAAUAUCCAUUGUAAUUUUCUGUCUGGAGACCCUGCCAGAAUUCAGAGACGAAAAAGAGCUCAUUUUGAACCUAAACCUGGAGAAUGUUAAUGAGACACAACAGCUGCAAGGUGGGGGGCACACUAUAUUUAAUGAUCCCUUUUUCAUUGUGGAAACUGUUUGCAUCAUCUGGUUCUCUUUUGAGUUUACAGUGCGCUGUUUUGCUUGUCCCAGCAAAGCAGCCUUCUUCAAGAAUAUCAUGAACAUCAUAGACAUUGUCUCCAUUUUGCCUUACUUCAUCACCCUGGGCACAGACUUGGCCCAGCAACAGGGCAGCAAUGGUCAACAGGCCAUGUCUUUUGCUAUCCUGAGGAUCAUCCGUCUCGUCAGGGUGUUUCGCAUCUUCAAGCUCUCCAGACACUCUAAGGGUUUGCAGAUCCUGGGCCACACGCUUAGGGCCAGCAUGAGGGAACUUGGGCUCUUGAUCUUCUUCCUUUUUAUUGGAGUCAUUUUAUUUUCCAGUGCUGUUUAUUUUGCGGAAGCUGACGAUUCCACCACCCAUUUUUCAAGCAUCCCAGAUGCCUUUUGGUGGGCUGUUGUGACCAUGACUACUGUUGGUUAUGGGGACAUGAAACCUGUAACAGUGGGUGGUAAAAUAGUUGGGUCCCUGUGUGCCAUUGCAGGUGUGUUGACCAUUGCUUUACCAGUGCCAGUGAUUGUCUCCAACUUUAACUAUUUUUAUCACAGAGAGACUGAAAAUGAUGAACAGACCCAGCUGACACAAAAUGCUGUCAGUUGUCCGUACCUUCCGACAAUACUCAAGAAAUUCCGAAGUUCAUCAUCUUCUUCCACAGAGGACAAAUCAGAGUAUUUGGAGAUGGAAGAAGGGGUUAAAGAGUCUCUUUGUGUAAAGGAGAAAAAAUGUCAGGUCACAGGAAAUGGCAAUGAGACAGCAAAACAGAACUGUAUAAAUGCAAAAUCUGUGGAAACAGACGUUUAA